AUGGAAAUCGACGAUAUUCUAUGGCUGAAUAUAUCUGCAAUCUGUGCUGUUUCAAUCAAUUUCCUUCUGAUUGUUUUGAUUCUAAAAAAGUCUCCAAAGUCUCUUGGAUCGUACAAAUAUCUCAUGAUUUACAUUAAUCUCUUCGAAUUCACGUAUGCUAUUUUAUAUUUUGCCGAAAAGCCAGAUCUAUUCACAAAAAAAUCAGCAUUUUUUCUAAUUGUCAAUUGGAGAGAAUCCAUUUUCCCGAAAUUCGUAGCAUGUAUUUUGGAUUUACUUUUUGUUGGAUUCUUUGGAAUUUCAAUAGCAAUUCUUGCUCUUCAUUUUAUUUAUCGGUUCUUAAGUAUUACAAAUAACCGACAUUUAAAAUCAUUUGACUCAUGGAAAAUCAUUCUAUGGUUCAUGAUUCCUCUGUUGAAUGGAGUCACAUUUAUGAUCACUGGUGGCAUUAUUUUGUGUGCUGAUCAGGAAACGAAUUGGUUUAUGAAGGAAAACUAUCCAGGUCUGAUCGAAAACACUACAAUUAUCGAUGACUUGUAUUACAUGGGCCCGUUUUUCUGGCCAAAGUUAGCCAACUCCUCUUCUGAAGAAUAUUUCAGCUGGAAAGGAGCUGGUGGUUCACUCAUUGUUAUGGGAUUAAUUUCUCUCUCCAGUUCAAUAAUGAUAUAUUUCGGAGUGAAAGGAUAUCGGAGUAUGAAUAGGUUAAUUGCUCAAACAAGUUGCUCAGAAAAGUUCAAAAGUGUUCAAAAACAGUUAUUUCAUGCUCUUGUAUUCCAAACUCUCAUUCCUGUCGUUCUAAUGCAUAUCCCUGCUUCUGCCAUUUAUAUCACAAUAUUUUUCGACAAAUCGACUGAAAUUGUCGGAGAAACUCUCAGUUUAACAAUUGCAAUGUAUCCAACACUCAACCCACUUCCGACUAUUUUUAUCGUUAAAAAUUAUAGAAAAGCUUUGAAAGAUGUUUUCGUGUCACUCAAAAAUUGUGUUUUGGGGGAAACAAGAGUUACUCAAGUGUCAGCCUUUUCUACGCAGAUAACCACUGGAAUCUCUACAAAAUAA